AAGUAGUUUUAACAGCUGUUGUUGUGCAGAGGUGAAAACAGCUGUUUACUGCUGAAUCCAAGUUCAGCCAAGUUUUAUUUACAAAUUCGGACGAAAUGGGCGAGCGCAAGGGACAAAAUAAGUAUUACCCGCCCGACUAUGAUCCAAAGAAGGGCGGACUCAAUAAAUUUCAGGGCACGCAUGCCCUGCGGGAACGUGCCCGGAAGAUCCACCUGGGCAUCAUUAUCAUCCGCUUUGAGAUGCCCUACAAUAUCUGGUGCGACGGCUGCAAGAACCACAUCGGGAUGGGUGUGCGCUACAAUGCGGAGAAGACCAAGGUGGGAAUGUACUACACCACACCGAUCUACAAGUUUCGCAUGAAAUGCCACUUGUGCGACAAUCACUUCGAGAUCCAAACGGAUCCAGGCAAUCUCGACUAUACCAUUCUCUCUGGGGCGCGACGGCAGGAGAACCGCUGGGAUCCGCUGCAGAAUGAGCAGGUUGUGCCGGAGACGAAGGAGGUGCAGAAGCGGCUCUUCGACGACGCCAUGUACAAGCUGGAGCACCAGGCCAAGGAUGCUAAAGCUGCCGCCGAUGCCAAACCUGUGCUCCAGAAACUGUUCGAGCGCAACCAGAGCGUGUGGGACGACACCUACGAAGCCAACUGCCGCCUUCGGUCCGAGUUCCGGCAUCAAAAGAAGGAGCUAAAGGGCCAGCAGGAACUGGAUCGCCAGCUGCUGGCUAAGAGCAGUCUAGACGUUGCCCUUCUGCCGGAAACAGAUCAGGACAGGCAAAUGGCGGCCUUGAUGAAGCUUCAAACCAAAUCGGCCAUUGAGCGGGAAUCAGAGCAGCGUCUCGAUCUACUCAUGCAACCGGCAUUGCCAGGAGCCACAGCGACAACCUUCGGCGGCCUGAAGCGGCAAAAGGUUCUCAACACACAGCUGCAGGUCCAGGAUUUGGGCAUCCGGCGCAAACAAUCUGACCAGUCCGAAGAAGCUCCAUCACCGCCUGCAAAGUCCUUGAGUCUGGUGGGCGACUACUCCUCCUCGGAUAAUGACUCCAACAGUUAAUGCACAAUAUGUAGAUUUAAUAAUACAAAAUAAAAUAAGAACAACAAUGACAUUAUAAA